AUGGAGCAAUUAUUGAUGGUAGCAAUCAAAGAGGAAGUUUUGAUAUCAAUUGUGGAGGGCAGUAUGGUGGUGAUUAUAGGUAGAAGAGGUUGUCACAUGAACUAUGUUGCUCAGAGAUUGUUGGAAGGAUUGAAAGCUUAUCCAACAAUGUAUGAAGUUAGUGAAGGGUUUGUAGCGAGGAUGAUGUUAGUGAGUAAUGUCAGAAGAAUUCUUAGUGGAGAUGAUAAGACUUUCGUUCCAUCAUUGUUUCCAAUGGUAUUCAUUGGGGGGGAAUUGAUUGGGAGUUUGGAUCGGCUUAUAGCUAUUCAUGUCUCCGGCGAGCUCAUUCCUAUGUUGAAAGUAGCUGGUGCUAUUUGGCUUUGA